AUGUCGCCAGGAUGGUACUGUGGCAAGUGCGGGUUCUACAACUACGGGCACCGCCGUGUCUGCCGCCAGAGCGGAUGCGACGGGUGCAAUCCAGUCCAAGCAGCCCGUCCUGAUCAGAGCUACUGGGCACAGUACUCGGUGCCAGGCGGGGUUUGGUAUCAAGGGCCUCCAGUGCUGCGGCAGGGAGAUGGAGGCAAAGGUGGCGGCAAGCAUGACAAGGGCGGCAAAAAGGGCCAUGGGGGGGGCAAGUCCCCUCAGAGUGGCAAAGGGCCAGGUGGUGGGCAACCGCCACGGACGCUCGCGCAGGAGGAGCGUGAGAUGUGGAUGGCCAUGUCGGAAGAACAGGUCGCCGUUCAGGGUCAAAGUUUGUCGCAGUCGCACAGAGACCAGCUCGCCCACGCGCGUGCCAUGGCCAACUUCGGGCUGCAAGGCGCGCAGGCGGAGGCGCAGCAGGCCAACCUGCAGAUCGGCAAGUUCUCGCAGCAGGUGCUGCAUCAAAAGCAGAGGCUCGCGAAGCUGGAGGAGCAGGCGCAGCAGGCGAUCAUGGCGGCGGUCGUGGCCAAGCAACAGCUGGAGGAGACGGAGAAGCAGCUGGGCGAGGCCAAGCGGCGCGCGGCCGAGCACCUGGGGGCCCAGGGGCUGGCGCAGCAGAUCGCGACCGACACGUUCGAGGCGCCGAUCAAGGAGGCGCUGGGGAAGUUCGAGCAGGCGGUGCCGUCGGAGCUGGCCCCGCAGCUGCAGGGCGCGGUCGACGCGCUCAGGGCGGCCAUGGCGGUGGUGGCGCAGCAGGCCGCGGCGGCGUUGCAGGGGAGACAGCCUGGCGGCGCCGCGGCGUCAGGCGGCACCGUCGGCGCCGCCGCAGCGGGCGCGGGCGCGAGCGCCGCCCGCGCAGGAGGCGCAGGCGCUGGCGCCCAGACGCCAGGCGCCCAGGGCGGCGCAGGCGGCGGCGCCGACGCGGAGCGUGACGUCAAGAUGGUCGAGGCUGAUGGUGGUGUUCUUAUUGACCUCCGCUCUCAGCGCGAGUCUGAUGGCAAGCUCACAGAUCCAGAAGUGCAGGCCACCAUCCAGAGCCUGUUCAGCAAGGCGACCCAGCGCCUCGAGGAGGAAAAGGCUGAG